GAGAGGGGGAAGGAAAACUUUUCUUUCUCUCGACAGAAGGAGGGGAGUUGUGCGGGGGGAAAUGCUCGGCGGACCGUGAAGCGUAACCAGCAAAGGAGGGGGACAAAGACGGACAUAGCGGGACGAAAUGCGACAGAUAGAAACCUAAAAAAACACCACAACAAGAAAACAUCGGGAUGCGCGGAUGGAUGUUUGUAAAAGUGGCAGAGCUGCACGGGACGAGGACUCGAACGUUAACAAUGGCAGGAGAGAGGAGUUCAAGUGUGCAAAGUUGUGGACAACUGCGAUGGUCGGACUGCGCGUAAACUUCGGAUAGCGCUGCUGUGACGCGUCGCGGUGUCCUGCCUCGUAUCUGCAGCGGACAGGAGCGGACUGGAGAUAACGCUUCCCUCUUGUCGACAGGACAUGCGUCCCGGAGUCACUACUGCUGCUGAGCUGUUUCUCUCUUUUGCAGCCACGCGUGGUGGUUUCCCUGAGUCAGAUCCUGACGCCACCAGGAGCACGCGAAACACGACCAAUGCACAAGUUUGUUGAUCACCUCGAAAUGGUCGAGUGUGUUUUGCGCUUUUAACAAACUGAUUACAAAAGAAACUCAUGGAAUACUUGUGUGAACUUUAUUCUGCGAUAUCCACCGUGUGAAUUGCCCCUUUCCCCUAAUGUGCUGCUGGAGAAAGUGCACGUCUCCGAACUAGAACUCCAUCCAAGCAUGAAAUGUUGGUGCAGCGCCCUGGCACUUCUCCCAUGGGUGCUGGUGGCCAUAGACGCUCAGUUUAUCUGCUGGCAGGCGCUGCUGCGGUGCCACGACGAACCCGAGUGUGAUCUCGCGUACGGCCAGUACCUAGCGGCUUGUGAGGGGAACAUCAGGGGGACGCGGAGACAGUGUCCCAGCCACUGCAUCAACGCGCUGAUCAGGCUCAAUCACACCCGCAGCGGGCCGGACCUGGAGACCUGCGACUGCGCAAAGGACCUGGAGUGUCUGAGCGCCAAGCGAACCAUAGAGCCGUGCCUGCCCCGCAGGUACCCGAGCGACGCCGGCGGGAUCGGGUGCAUGGAGGCCCGGCAGCGCUGCGAGGAGGACAGCAACUGCCACACCUCCCUCGCGGCCUACUUGUCAUACUGCGGCCAGCUGUUCAACGGCAGGAAGUGCUCCUCCAAGUGUAAAGCCACCAUUCAGCAGAUGCUGUUCAUCCCAAAUGGCAUGCUGCUCAACCGCUGUGUUUGCGAUGGGGUCGAGCGGCCCUUCUGUGAAGUGGUCAAGGAGAACAUGAGCAAACUGUGCUCCAUAGGAGACCACAAUGUUAAUUCAGACCAGCCUGAUGUGGAUGACAUGUACGAGGAUGAGGACUAUGACCCUAAAGCUGACAGAGAGGAGGUGUAUACUGACCACUCCUCGGCCCAGAGGUUAUCCAGCUGCAUGGUGCUCCUGUUCCUUCCUCUAGCACGGAUUAUUUGCUGAGAUGGUGGGUUCUCCAAACACUUGUUGGGUUUAUGAAUGACUGUUCUACCACAUUCAUUGUGUUGCCAACACAGAACCUGAACCUGGGUCUGCUGGAUAAGGAACUUGGCCCACAGCAAGACUCCCGGACAUCCCAGUUUAGUUGCAUGGAGACAGAGAGCACAGUAGUGAUUUGUGUAGGCCUUCCACAAUGUUACAAUUUACAUAGCAAUUCUCCUUGAUGCACAUCUCCCUCAGGAAUACGGUCUUUUGAUUUGUGAUUCUCGUGUUGCCACGGAUGGCCUUGUAGUUCUCUGAGUGAACUGCUCAUUUGCUAAGUAGAAGAAAGCCUGUUGUCAAAAAUGAAAUACAUACAUCCAGGAGAUAAUGAGAGGAAAUGAACCAAAACCAGACUUCCUUUUUUUUUGCGGGGCCAUUGCCCUUUUGUAUGUCUUUAAAAAAAGCUCCUGUUUGUUUGGUCUGGUUUCAAUGCCACUUGGAGUGUGUGGCUUUAUUAAGACCUUGGGCAAACAUUGGACCCUUACAGUCUCUGUUUGCUCUGCUCUCAAUUCCAGGGGCCACAUGCAUUGUUGCAGCAAAAGCACACUUCAAAUAUUUGUGGGGAAUGGUCUGAGGACGGGCAAGGGUGUGGGAUCAACUCCUUAAAUUAACUGAAGUGCCUCUGUAGCACUCUGUCUGGGCCCCCUCCCCUGUUUGAGAUUGUUUUAUGGAACUUUUCCUGCGACCCUCCCUCUCCUCACCCUCCUCUCUGCUGCCUGCCCCCUUCCACGCCGUUAAAAGACCCCUGUCUUUAUUACCGCUCUGACACUGAAGCUAUAGGGAAACCUGUCGGCUGCUGGUGUGAACGUGUGAAAACAUCAUGCGUGAAGUUUGUUCACUCUGCUCAUAUUCGUGUGUGAAUGCAGGUCUAAAUGAAUGUGUGUUUCCAGUGUUGCAAUGAGUUUUCAUAAACUACGUGAACAAAGAAAAGUAAUUUUAUACACAUUUAAGAUUAUUAUUGAGGUCAUGAUAGAAUCUCGUGCAAUCAAUGAAUGUGCUUAUUUGUGCACAAAUACAAAUGAAGGUCAGAAGGAUUGAAAUGUUAUUGAGUACAGUUUAAAAAUUCCUCAUAAUCUCUACGAAGGCAUUUAUUUUGAGAUUUAACUGUUGAUGACAUAUGUGGAGAUGCUCUGUGUGUCGAACAGGCCUAAUGUUACCUGGUCCACAACCUAAGUACAGGGAUUCAAACCAGCAGCCUUUCAGUCUCAUAUCUUUCUUCUACUGUUCCAUGUGAAGCUUUUUAGCAAAAUGGGAAAGUAAACAGUGUUUUUUUGUUAGUUUUCAUCACAUCUGUAACAAAGCUGCCCUGUUGUGUCUCUGCCUAUGGAACAAAACUGAUCUUUUUCUGGUUUUGGUUUUAAACCUUGAACAGUGAUACAUGUUAAAUUAUGAAGCUAGACUAUAAGGAAUGUUUAUAAACGUCACAAUUAUAUGCAGUAAAACGAAGCCAGUGCAUGGCCACUGUUACUUACAGCAAAAUGCAUUUAAUACACAACAAACACACAAUUGUAAUGUAGCUCAGAUUUUGUCCACAAUGCCUGACAUGAUUUAGAGUUUCAAAUUUUUCAACUCAUCUUGUGGAAACAUAGCAGUAACCAUCUCAAAGCAGUGUCUCUCUUGUGGGAGGGUACGUUUUAUAAUAAAAUGUUUAUGAGCUAAA